AUGCUUAAAUAUAAAUAUACUCUCUCACUGUCUUCUCUUUCAGGCCAGGAACGCUUUGGAAAUAUGACCAGAGUAUACUACAAAGAGGCAGUUGGUGCUUUUGUGGUCUUCGAUGUCACAAGAGGCUCCACUUUUGAGGCUGUUUCAAAAUGGAAGCAUGAUUUGGACAGUAAAGUACUACUUCCUAAUGGCAGCCCUAUCCCUGCUGUUCUUCUUGCCAACAAGUGUGACCAGAAGAAAGAUGGCAGCCAGAAUCCUUCUCAAAUGGACCAGUUCUGCAGAGAAGGUGGCUUUGUUGGAUGGUUUGAAACCUCUGCCAAGGACAACAUCAACAUAGAUGAAGCUGCUCGAUUCUUGGUGGAAAACAUCCUUGCCAACUACAAAACCUUUCCUAAUGAAGAGAAUGAUGUGGGGAAACCAAAACUGGACCUAGACCCAUUGAAAGCAGAGAGUAAAUCACAGUGCUGCUAA